AUGCAGAAAGUGUAUCAAGCGCUGCUGCUUGACCUGGGAACUGGGAGUUGGGAGUUGGUGCGAGUGACGGAGUGGGACCUUCCAUGCGCUUCUCAAUCCAGUCCUGCCUUGGUUCCGAACGCCAAGAUUUUCCAAGUACACUUCCCCUCAGCAAGCUUCGGCUUCUUUAGAGCGAUGAGCUUCCACCAGUCAGUUUGGAAGACCAUUGCUCAGCUACUGUAAAUGUAGGAGGUUCGCUGUGAAACAAUUUUCGCUGAGCCUUAGCCCAUAUAAGUUCAAGCCUGAGGCUGUAAGGCUAAGGGACUAGGGCCGGCAGGAUAUAUGUUUCCUGGCUCACAUCCAGUGGUACCAGAGCCCGAGCGGCCAUUGGGAAUGCCAGUGGAUUUGGAAAGCCCUGCACCUCGACCACAGGUCCACGGGCGCAUUCGCUGCGGCUCCAACGACUCUCGGUCUCGCUUGAACAUGACUGACUUGGAGAUGGAUAGCGUGGACAGUGGCCCAGACACCUGUUGCAAUUUGCUUCGGAAGCUCUCCACGCGCAAGAUCACAUGGGUCCUUGUCACAGCACUUGUGACCACAUUGUGCUAUGUGUGGGUUCGGCCUGUUGUGUGCCAGGAUUCCGCGGCUUGCGCCCGCUAUCACGAAGCCGCUAAGGACUUGAACAUUUACAGUGCCUUCAUCUCGUGUGCCCUAGGCUCAGUCUUUUUGCAUGAGAUGGUAUCCGUGAUUCUGAUGUAUCGGACAGCCAAGAAGGCCAUCCACCUGAUCCCCAACAUCAAAGAGUCAUUGCUUCCAUCCGUGCUUUUGUGCACUACCUUUGCCGUGCUUUUGUUGGAAAACUUCCCCUUCUUCAUGGCCAAGACUCCCUGGUUUGUUCACGCAGCGAACUUGGGCCGAGAAGAUCUAGACCAGCAGCCAGUCUACACCAUCUUCUUUGUCGAAUGGUUGAUCAAUGUGCCCAUCUUGCUGAUUCUGGCCGGCACGGUGGCAUUGGGCCGACCAGCUCCGGAAGUGGCAGAGCCACUCAUUGUCACCAACGUCUAUAUGACCUUUGCUUGGACCGCAAAUUUUGUUCCAAAUGAGCCACUCAGAUACUGUUUGGUGUCUGUGUCCUUUCUCAUGUACUUCCGGGCUUCCUGGACCAUGUGCCAAUGGGUUCUUCGAUGGCAGCGACGAAACCCAGAGGGUCGGAUUCUGGGGCGACCUUUGCUAUCCUUUGUCCUCAUCCUCGUCUUCGGCAUUUACGGCCUCAUGUACUUGAUGAGACUCCAAGGCCUCCUGGACUAUCGUGAUGAACGUGUCUUCUACACGACAAUGAAUUUCACGACCAAGCUCUUUGCAUCCAUGACGCUCUCGGGAAUCAGGUCCAGUGAAUUUCAAGAAGUGCUCCUCACCAUGCUGGCCAAUACUCAGACCUCUUUCAAGCGAGCUGUGAACUACGAGGAGACCGUAGAGCUUUUGCCAUGAGGCACAGGUUUGCCAAGUUUACCGACACCGAGAAUACGACCAGCAAGUGAGCCUCAUCGAUGGUGUAUAGUGUAGGUUUGAUGUUUUUGUUCCAGUUUAUGUAUGUUCCAGACCAGCCUUGAAGAGGCUGACGAAUCAGGACUGGAACAUCGCAACCAAGCAGCUUCAUCUGAAGAUGAACCUAUUUUAGAUGGCUUGGGAUAUCUUGGGAGUAUGUUUAGUUUAAAGGUCAUAAAGAUCUCGUCUCACAUAUAUUGCCACAAGUGCAGGCCAUCUUUGCUGUGCAGUAUUUGCACAGGCAGGACCCCGCAAUGCUCUUGUCUCAGGCACAAAUUUGCUACUUGCAAAAAGA